AUGUUCCGUUUCAGAAAGAUGCGAGCAUACGUGUCUGUUCGUCGACAUCGAGGACAUUCGCGCUCGAUUCCCAGCUCCGCUUCGGAAGCCUUCGAUCAACAGAUCAUACACAAUCUCCUCAACUGCCGAGACCAGGAUGCGUUUAUGCGCUUUCACAACCUGAAUGCUUCAUCCCCAUUAUGCAAGGUGGUAGCAAUUCUGAAUUCGUCCAAAACAAGAAGUUCCAAUCUGGUGGCCAAAGAACUUCAAAAAGCGAUUGAUAUCAUUUGCAAAUCCGAUGUAUUUGUCAAUCAGAUCUUUCGUCCAACCAAUCAGCAACGAGAUCCACUCGCGGCCGAUCUGAUGGAGGGUUUGAUGGUGAAUGUCGACCAUGAGGAACGGAAGAAACAUUUUCCACGGUCCGCCUCCACCGGUUCCGCUUUGAGACUCUCCAUGAUACACAAUUUACCCGAAAUUGGAUUGACGCAAGAAAUUGAAUCCUGUCUGGAAAAUGAUGAUCAUUGGGACUACGAUAUUCUCGCGUUGGAAAAGGUCACUCAAAAAAGACCGUUGCGUUUUCUGGCGAUGAAAGUGUUCAAUCGAUUCAACGUGUUUGGGGUGCUCAGAAUCAAUGAACCGAUGAUGAUGACGUGGUUGACGGUGAUUGAGGAGAACUACCACAUGAACAAUCCGUAUCACAAUGCCACGCACGCGGCCGAUGUGAUGCAGUGCACCGCGUAUCUGAUGCGUCGUGAUGCCUUGACAUCCGUUUUUGACAGUAUGGACGAAGUGGCAAUGCUCUUGGCCGCUGUAGUUCACGACCUCAAUCAUCCUGGUCGAACUAAUCCAGCCGUGUUAGAAAGUCAUCACGUUGCACUGACCUUUGAACUGACCCGGAAAGAUCCCAAUAUUAACAUUUUCACAAAUCUGUCAAGAGAAGAAUAUCGCACCAUUCGAGGCUAUAUGAUUGAUUUGGUCCUGGCGACGGAAAUGGCCCGACACUUUGAUCACGUCAGCAAAUUUAUAAACAAUUUGAGUAAACCAAUUUUACAGAAGAACAGAAUGCAUGACCAGUCAUCUGUGGGUAGUAUGAGCUCAGUCGAAUCGGGUUCGGUGGGCACGACUAACGAAUCGUCCAACUCACAGAUUGCCAUCGCGAACGCCAACGAGACUAUCUCCCCACUCGAACAUCUGACCAAUGCGGAGAAUCGCGCUAUUCUAAAGCGAAUGAUUAUCAAAUGCUCCGAUGUGAAUAAUCCGACUCGACCAUUGGAGUUGUGCAAGGAAUGGGCCAGUCGCAUUGCAGAAGAAUACUUCUGUCAGGUAUGCUACCUCUUCGGUACUUAA